AGACAAGUAGGUAAGAUCUACUUUGUUUGAUCUUUAUUCCCGAACGGUCUUAAACCUAAGCUUCACAUAUUUAUUCCACUUUUUUUUAGUAGUUUGAUUGGGAGCCUGGAGAAUCAUGGCUUAUGCAUCUCACAUCAUCAACCACUCUAGAAAGCUAUUACAGUUAAGAAAUGUUCCCAAAUUAACGCGGCACGAUCACGCCGUUUUGGUUCGUUGGUUUUCCAAUGGAGCACAAUCCUCUGCUUGCAAAAGAGAAGAUGUAGCAAAGGUCUGCCCAGUUGGUGCACCUGCAGAAAGAGAGAUUGUAUCCAAGUUUGUUGCCCGUAACCCUGUAUCAUUUGGUUUAUCUACGAACAAUCUUUCUAGGAAAACAAUGAGAUUGGGAAUUCCAAUGGGUGGUGUGGUAUAUAGCAGAGAACUUCUAUGUUUGCAGGUGCUUUCAAGGAGAGGAUUUUCAUCUGAUGCAGGCCUUCCUCCUCACCAAGAGAUUGGAAUGCCUUCACUCUCACCCACGAUGAUGGAGGGAAAUAUUGCAAGGUGGUUGAAGAAAGAGGGUGAUAAGGUGACUCCUGGAGAAGUGUUGUGUGAAGUUGAAACCGAUAAAGCAACUGUUGAGAUGGAAUGCAUGGAAGAAGGUUAUCUUGCUAAGAUUAUAAAGGGAGACGGGUCAAAAGAGAUCAAAGUUGGUGAGAUAAUUGCCAUCACUGUUGAAGAGGAGGGGGAUGUUGCGAAGUUCAAGGACUACAGUCCUCCAGCAUCAGGUUCUGGGGCUCCCGCAGCAAAAGACUCAGCAGCACCUCCACCACCGCCAAAAAAGCCUGUUGAGCAACCAGUUCCUUCACCAGAGCCCAAGACUCCCAAGCCUACCUCCUCUGCUUCAGAAGAUCGUAUUUUUGCAAGUCCCCUUGCUCGAAAAUUGGCUGAGGAUCACAAGGUACCACUAUCUAGCAUCAAAGGAACAGGUCCCGAUGGACACAUUGUAAAGGCUGAUAUUGAAGAUUACUUGGCUUCACGUGGAAAGGAAGUUUCUGUCCUGACUCCUAAGAUAAAGGAUGCAAAACUUGCAUCUCUAGAUUAUGUGGACAUCCCUCAUUCUCAGAUAAGAAAGAUCACAGCAUCACGCCUACUAUUCUCGAAGCAGACUAUCCCACAUUACUAUUUAACAGUGGAUACUUGUGUUGACAAACUUAUGGAUUUGCGGAGCCAACUCAACUCAUUACAGGAAGCUUCAGGUGGAAAGCGAAUAUCUGUGAAUGAUCUUGUAAUUAAGGCUGCUGCUUUGGCUCUCCGAAAAGUUCCUCAGUGCAAUAGUUCAUGGACAGAUGACUAUAUUCGUCAGUAUAACAAUGUGAAUAUUAAUGUAGCUGUGCAGACGGACAAUGGACUUUAUGUCCCUGUUAUCAGGGAUACUGAUAAGAAAGGUUUGUCCUCAAUUGCUGAGGAGGUCAAGAAGGUGGCCCAAAAAGCCAAAGAGAACAGCUUAAAACCAGAAGAUUAUGAGGGUGGUACAUUUACAGUGUCAAACUUGGGAGGGCCCUUUGGUAUUAAGCAAUUCUGUGCCAUCAUUAAUCCUCCUCAGGCAGGAAUUCUAGCUGUUGGGUCUGCUGAGAAGAGGGUUAUCCCUGGCUCAGGUCCUGACCAAUUCAACUUCGCUUCGUACAUGUCUGUAACUCUAAGCUGUGAUCAUCGAGUUAUUGAUGGUGCAAUUGGUGCUGAAUGGCUUAAAGCUUUCAAAGGCUACAUUGAGAAUCCAGAGUCGAUGUUGCUUUAAGUCAAAUGGUGCUUUUUUGACACAUUUUCUUUCUGUGAUCAAUUUGCAUGAUGAAAUGCAAUACCGUUUCAUGUAUUCGCGAUCAAUUUCUUUCAGAUUUUGCUUAACCACAUUAAAAUUUUGUGGGAAUAAGGGGGUUGAGAAUUGGGGAACUAAACUGCGAGCUGGAGUUUUGCUUUUGCAGAUACUUGGAAUGAGUUUUGGUUUGGCUAUUGUUAUGCUUUACUGUUAAGAAAUGUUCACUGAAUAUGAUGGUUUUGCAUCAAAGAUACAUCAGUCGUCUGA